CAGAUAUACAACAUCCUAUCCCCGAGUUUUAGAAGAAAGAAGCUACCAUACAAUUACAUGUACAUUGAUGCGAAACAUCUUACAAAGUUAACCUCACAUAUAUAUAUCUCAGAAUAUCAUUCAUCGUGUAUCCUUCUGAUUACAAUAACUCAAACAUAUAAAGACUUAUUUUGAUUUCAUUAUUGGCGAUUGUAUUUCAUUCCUCUCUGAACGGGAUUUAAGAAUCAGCUUCAUAAAAUAAAAUUCGACUCACCCUUAGCGGGAAGUUUGAGAUCCAGAAGCAGCGUCUGUGUUUGAGAUUGUUUUUCACAUAUCAGACUGGUAUUUGAAGUGAAUCUUUCUAAAAUCGGUUGCACAUAUUAUGACUAACGGCAGCAAUGUUGCUGUGCCGACGCAAAAUAUACCGCACGUUGUCCAGAUUUCUCGUCUUCCUGACCUUUUGUUUACUUUUCGUUCAAAUUCACCUAUCUUCUAGGACGAAACAAGUUAUGAAACCGGCAAUACUUUCAUGGUUCUCGUGGCAGGAUCUACAGGAGUUUGAAAGGAAAAAUAUGAAGAAUAAUACACUAGAUAACAAUAGUACAAUGAAUAUAAAUAUUAAUAAGAAAAACAAAGAUAAUUCAUUAGUACAUGGUUUAUCGCUAAGAGUCAAUGGUGGUUUACAGUCAAAACAAAAUGAAAUUUUGGAAGUUAAAAAUUCACUUUUGGGCAGCUCAUCAUUGCCGUUGUUGUCAGAAGAGCUGCCUUAUUAUACACGUCACAUCAUUAACCCUUCUUUACUCUGCGCCCCAGAUGAUUUUAUGAUUGCUUAUAUUCACGCAGCACCAGAGAACUCUAAGCGACGUAUGGCAAUACGGCAAACAUGGGGCGACAAGAAAGUGUUGGGCAAACUUAAAAUCAAGUUACUAUUUGUGAUGGGUGUCGUCAACAACCGUCAUGUUAUGGAUAUGGUCAAAGUAGAAUCUGCCCGUUACAAUGACAUAUUACAGACUGAAUUCAACGACACAUAUCGGAACUUAAAUUCCAAAGCAAUGGCAGCGUUGCGCUGGAUCGCAACAAACUGCCAAAAUAUCUCAUAUAUAAUGAAAACAGAUGAUGAUAUAUUAGUCGACAUUUUUCAAGUGGUAAAAUAUUUGAGAUAUCUACAACUGUACAAGUAUGCUCGGGAAAAGUUUAUAUUGUGUAAUGUAUGGGAUUUAAUGUUAAUCAUCAGAAACAAAAAGAGUAAGUGGUAUGUUUCACCUGAAGAAUAUCCUAAUAAAACUUAUGAAGUUUAUUGCUCGGGUUCUGCUUAUAUCUUGAGCUCUGACAUGCCUGUCCGGUUACUCAAAAUUUCGUUAAAAAUUCCUCGUUUUUGGGUCGAUGAUGUUUAUGUAACUGGUAUGCUAGUCAAUGCAUUAGGUAUAAAGCAUACCUAUUAUAAUUCGGCCUAUACAUUUAUCGUUAGUGAUUCAUUGGAUGAGAUUUUGAAGGACAACAAAAGAAAGACUGCUAUUUACCACAUACCUCAUACCGAAACUAUGUACAAACUCUGGAACAUAUUAAAUGAACGCAUGAAUCAUUCCGGUGCAACGAGAAAUAUUUUGAAAUAACAAAACUUUUGGAUUUCGUUGAAAAUUUUUAUUUUAUAUACGCCUCGUCAGAUACAAUCAUUUAUUAAAAUAAGGCCUGAAAUUUUCUGGUUUAGUGUUUGUGGAUUAUACCGAUUCCAGUGCUUAACUGGUAGUUAUUUCAUCGUCCCUGAGAAGAAGGUAAGUAAAGUAGACUGUGGCAGAGUGUGAACGCUGAACGUAAAGACGGACAAAAUGCCGCGUUAACUUGUUAAUAAUAAUUUGAAUAUAUUAACGAUGAAUACAACAUUUCAAAUUUACAAUGGAUUGAUUAAUGAAGAUAUACAAAGAAUACUUACUGUUCCUUUCGGUAUAAUACCUAUAGAGAAAUUCCAAUAAACGUGUAACCAUUUUGGUUUUCUAAUUCAGUUGUUUAGGUUAAUUUUCAUCCUCUUUUAAUAUUGCACAACGACUAUCAUGUUGCAUACACCAGUUGUUGAUUAAAACGAAUCUACUUGUUGGGAAUAUAUUCGCUCUGAUAUGUUUGAUCGAGAAAAUAAAGUUACAUGUAAUAACCUGUUUGUCAAUCCCAA